GAAACCUACACUUUGGAUUUACUAAUUGGAUGAAACAUCGACUGUGCUUCCCUGUGACCAGCUUGUCAUUUAGGGACGCUGCUGUGAUUGUGAGCUGUAUUUGCUGCCAUUAUCCACCAUCUAACCAAAACUUUUGAAACUCUACAACGGACUGCACCUGCACCGGUUUACUUGGCUCGGACAGCAGUGAGGCUUCCAAAAGGACUGAGCUGGCCUAGGCAUAACUCUCACCAUGCAGCUCUUCACUGCUUUGAUCCUGCUUCUCAUGGCGUUUAUAGUGGCUGAGGCAUGGCAUGGAAAGAAACCAGGACAAGGAAAACCUCAGGGCAGAAACAAGUGGAACUCUCUUAAACGCUCUGUAGGCAACUGCAAAGAGUACAUAGAGAAUGGUGAUAAGUUUCUUGACUGCCAGGACUGCCAUUUGACUGGUGUCCUUCUUGGCUGGCCAGAGGAUAUCGAGCACCUUUUGCUAGCACAGAACAGGAUAGAAGUACUGCGAGAGAAUACCUUCAGUCGUUUUCGAAACCUAGUGAGUUUGGAUUUGCAGCUGAAUGAGAUUGCACUAAUCGAGGAAGGUGCUUUCAAUGGCCUAAGCAAGCUCACGACCUUACUGCUACAGCACAACCGCCUCCAAGUGGUUUCUGAAGCCAUGUUCAUACCUAUGCCUCGACUUCGAUACCUGCGUCUUCAUGACAAUCCAUGGACAUGCAACUGCCAGCUGGACAGCCUGGUCCGCUUCUUGCAGGUGCCAAGCAACCGUUACAUGGGUAACUUUGCAAAAUGUGCUGAGCCCACAAGGUUUUGGGGGAAGCAAUUGAAGACUCUGGAUCCUAAGCUACUGUGCUUGCCACCCAUGCAGGCACAAAUUCAUCUACCUACACUGCAUUCUGACACAACGUUGCUGUGCCACAUUCAAGAUUCUUCCAGACCACUGCUUGACUGCAAGAGCAGAGGGCUGAAGUCUGUUCCACCCGAUAUCCCAGAAAACAUUGCAAAAAUGGACCUUGCUUUUAACAAUAUAACACAGCUGAGGCCUAAACAGUUUGUAAACAUCAAAGACCUAAAGCUGUUGAACCUCAGCAGCAACAGUCUGGAGCGCAUUGACACAGCUGCAUUUGCUGGCCUUUUGCACCUACGAGAGCUGGACCUCUCAAACAAUAGCCUGCACUAUUUCAAGUAUGAUGUCCUGGAGGACCUUUACUACCUCAGGACACUGUCUCUAGGUGGCAACCCAUGGAUUUGUGAUUAUAAUAUCCACUACCUGAUCUACUGGCUGAAGCACCACCCAGCCGUGGAAUACACAGGCCUGGUGUGCAGUGAGCCGGAGGAAUUCCACGGUUGGCCUGUCGAAAGCUAUGUCAAGACCUACAAUGCUGACUGUCCCAAAGACAAGAUGGUGGACCUGCACACAGACACUGAUCCCACAGUAGCCACAUCACAAGAGCUUAUUGCAAAGAUGGAGAAGGAGCCAGAUCUGCUGCCUAGCCUACUCCGAAAAAAGGAACCCAAAAAGUUUGAAAAUUUUAAUCUGAGUUAAAAAGUCCACUCUUCUAGAGUAAUUACUGAUCUUUCCUGAUGAACUUCAAUAUUUCCCCAUAAAACAAUUCAGAUUCAGUUUGCACUUGA